UUAGCCUGCCUUGGCACACGGUCACACUGGCGGACUUGCGAGAAAAUUAUUUAUAUUUCGCUUCCUCGCACGCAAAAAUUGAACAAAACAAACAAGGGUUAAUGUGCUACUGGUAAAAUACGGUAGAAAAAACCGAACGCCGAGUGCGCGCAAACGGAGAAACGCGCGAGGGCCGCCUCCCCCGCAAACCCCGCUUUUAAUAAAAGUUGAUGCUGCAGCAGCGGCCAUCAACAAAAAAAAGAAAACCGAGAACGCGAACGAAACGCAGCACAUUUUCGCACGCCAGCCUCCGGGUCCGUGCAGACGCAGCAAAUAAAUAUAUAAACACAACAAUUAACGAUUGCAGCGUGCAAUUAAAGCCACAAACGCAGCGAAUUGCUGCCGCGGCGGUGCGAAAAGGACAUAAAAUCGCUGGUAAGAAGAAGAGGGCGCGAGUGUGUGCGAGUGCGAAAGAGCGUUGGCAGAAAGGGGGCCAUCUCAGAGCAUAAAUUGGUCGAUCGGAGUGCGAAAUAGUUAUAAACAAAAGCCCUGGCUCCCCCCUCCUCUCUACUACCCCACCGUGUGUUGCAAGCCAGCGGCGGCAGGUGCUUGGCGCUUUUAAAGCGAGACAACACGACGCUGCAGCAGCGCUGAGUUGCCUGCGUAGAGUUGCCAACCCAAAAAGGGAAACGGGGUUGCCGUUCAUUGCGCCGAAAGUGUUUACUACCUGCGGCGGCGGCCGCACCAGAAACUCGAUUUUAGCCCUGAUCCUGGCCAAGAGAUGAUUUGGCUCUUAACACUGUGGCGGACGCAGGCCGCGCCAAGUGGAUAACCGGCGCCUAGCCCACCGAUACCGACAAGCCACGCUCGGAUUUGCUUACCCGAGGAGAAUCCCGACGACAAGGAGGAGCCGUAUUAGUGAGGUCUGCUACAGCUCCCCCCACAAAACCCCACCCCACCCCCUCUUCACCAGCGUCGAGAUCUCCAGCGCGGGAUUGGCGACGCCGCGUAAAACCGAAUUUCUUGCCACCCCGUAGUUGAAGAAAAGCUGCCACCAUUCGGAAGAAAAAUACCUCGAAUAUGACCCAUAAUCUCGGUAUGGCGCCAUAUCGUUUGCCGGGUCCAGCGGGCGGACUAUGUCCGCCCGACUUCAAGCCGCCGCCACCGUCGGACAUCAUCUCGGCGCCGAGCAAUCCGAAGAAGCGGCGGAAAACGUCCAGUGCCGCCAAUUCGGCAGCAGCGGCUGCAGCUGCGGCGGCCGCUGCAGCAGCUGCUGCCAACUCAAUGCAGCAGCAGCAGGCGCCACCGACGCCGCAGGACCUGCUGCCGCCGCCACCGAUGGGCGGCUUUGGCGACACCAUUAUUGCCUCGAAUCCGUUCGACGAUAGCCCCCAGGUCUCGGCGAUGUCUAGCUCAGCGGCUGCCGCCAUGGCGGCGAUGAACCAGAUGGGCGGCGGUCCUGGCGGUGGCCCAGGAGGCCACUUCGGUGGUCAUCCGCACUGGGAGGAUCGCAUGGGAAUGGGCGGCGGACCACCUCCACCGCAGCACAUGCACCCGCACAUGCAUCCGCAUCAUCCGGGCGGACCAAUGGGCCAUCCGCAUGGACCGCAUCCGCACAUGGGCGGACCGCCGCCGAUGAGAGGCAUGAGUCCCAUGCAUCCGCAUCAAAUGGGUCCCGGACCGGGUGUGGGCCUGCCGCCGCACAUGAACCAUGGACGACCAGGCGGCCCUGGAGGACCCGGUGGCCCUGUGCCCAUGGGCAGUCCCAUGGGCGGCAUGGCCGGCAUGGGCGGCAUGAGCCCCAUGGGCGGAAUGGGUGGCCCUAGCAUAUCACCCCAUCACAUGGGCAUGGGCGGCCUGUCGCCAAUGGGCGGAGGCCCCAACGGGCCCAAUCCACGUACCAUGCAGGGUUCUCCGAUGGGUGGUGGUCCGGGGCAGAAUUCGCCGAUGAACUCACUGCCCAUGGGUUCGCCGAUGGGAAAUCCGAUUGGCAGCCCGCUGGGCCCGCCAUCGGGACCGGGACCCGGAGGUCCUGGUCCUGGUCCUGGCGGAAAUCCAGGUGUUCAGCAGCAACAACAACCUCCGCAGCCACCGAUGAACAACGGACAGAUGGGCCCGCCUCCGUUGCACAGUCCACUGGGCAAUGGACCAACGGGUCAUGGCGGACACAUGCCGGGUGGACCCGGACCGGGUCCAGGACCCGGGCCCGGCGGCCUAGUAGGACCCGGUGGCAUCUCUCCCGCGCACAGCAACAACCCAGGCGGAACGGGAAACAACAUGCUCGGCGGCAACGGUAAUCCCGGAGGCAACAAUAACAACGGAAGCAAUACAAACAACGGCAGCAUUAACAAUCAAAAUCCUCACCUCUCGCCGGCAGCCGGCCGUCUGGGCGGCGUGCCCACGUCCCUGCAGUCAAACGGAGCCUCGGCCACCUCGGUGGCUACCUCGGUGCCCUCGCCAGCCCCGGGGGCCACGCCCUCGCUCACGCCCACAUCGACGGCCACCUCGUCGAUGUCGUCCACGUCAGUGCCUACAUCCUCGCCAGCGCCGCCCGCCAUGUCACCGCACCACUCGCUGAACAGCGCCGGCCCGAGUCCGGGCAUGCCCAAUGCCGGACCCAGUCCGCUGCAGUCGCCCGCCGGUCCCAAUGGUCCCGGCCCUGGUCCAGGUCCGGGUCCCAACAACAACAACAGCAAUAACAACAACAACAAUGGCCCCAUGAUGGGUCAGCAGAUGAACCCGAACGCAGUUCCUAUGCAACAGCAGCACAUGGGCGGACCACCUGGUCAUGGUCACGGCGUCCCCGGCCCCAUGGGCAUGAACCAGAUGCUGCCGCCGCAGCAGCCCUCGCAUCUCGGUCCCCCGCACCCGCAGCUGAUGAACCACCCGCACCAACACCCGCAUCCGCACCAUCAUCCCGGCGGUCCACCACCGCCGCAUAUGAUGGGCGGCCCUGGAGGUAUGCACGGCGGUCCGGGAGGCAUGCCGCCUCACAUGGGCGGCGGACCCAAUCCGCACAUGAUGGGUGGACCACAUGGAAAUGCAGGACCGCACAUGGGCCAUGGUCACAUGGGCGGCGUGCCGGGUCCAGGACCCGGACCAGGUGGCAUGAACGGACCCCCGCACCCGCACAUUUCGCCCCACCACCCCGGACAUCCGCAUCAGCAUCCGCAUCACCACAAUCCGAUGGGUGGUGGCCCUGGCCCGAAUAUGUUUGGCGGCGGUGGCGGACCCAUGGGUCCAGGAGGUCCAAUGGGCAAUAUGGGACCCAUGGGCGGUGGCGGACCAAUGGGCGUCGGUGGUCCAAUGGGCGUGGGUCCCAAACCGAUGACAAUGGGCGGCGGGAAGAUGUAUCCGCCGGGCCAGCCAAUGGUUUUCAAUCCCCAGAAUCCGAAUGCCCCACCCAUCUAUCCGUGUGGCAUGUGCCACAAGGAGGUGAACGACAACGACGAAGCGGUGUUCUGUGAAUCCGGUUGUAACUUCUUCUUUCACAGAACCUGCGUGGGCCUCACCGAGGCCGCCUUCCAAAUGCUCAACAAGGAGGUGUUUGCCGAGUGGUGCUGCGACAAGUGCGUGUCUUCCAAGCAUAUACCCAUGGUCAAGUUCAAGUGUUGAAGCGGCUGGGAAGCGGCGUAAUCGAAGCUAUAUCAAUCAGCUGGCACUCACUCACUGUAUAAAAAAUAUCCAAGCAUUAACUUGUAUCUUAAUUGGUAAGACUCUUCAGCUGCUCAGUAGUCAUGAUCCCCUCCUGCCCCAAAAAUGAUCACGAUCAAUAUCAAGAUCUUGACCCUGUAACCUGCAAGUGCCGGAGCAGUGUUGUGACUUUCAGCUCCGGGCUCCAAGGCUCACUCGCAACAUCCUCCUGAAACUGAAAACUGAAAAAAAACAUAAACAGAAACAAAAAUAAGCAAAAGUAAACCUUAACGAAAAAAGUGUAAACGAAAUAUGUUAAUUGUAAUAUAAUUGUAAUAUGUGUGUAUGUGUCUGCAUGUUUGGGUAUCACAGAAAACCGAGUAAUGACAAAAGGCAAAGCAACAAUAUCUAGUUUGUACAAUAAAGUGAAAUUCAAUGAAAUUACCGAGCGCGAACCAGAGGAAUCAAACCAUUCGAAUAGGGAAACUUGGAACACAACUCGUAAAUAUAUAUACCACAAACCAACCAACUAACAAACAAACAUAUUAUCUAAAGGACAUUCCAGUAGACCAAAAGCGACCCUUUUUAUAUCCUUGGUAAUUUUAAUAUUUUCACAAACUUAUUGCUCAAUAAACGCUCUGCUUUGAGCCCAUUUUCGAGCUUUUGGGAGACUUAAGGAAAAGCUCUCUGAUUUAUAUCGUUUUCGAAGUGAUUUUAUGAACAUUUUGCGAUUGUUUUGUUUUAUUUACAGCUUUUGGUCUACUGGGAUAUUUAACAACACACAUUUUUAAGAAAGAGAAUGGAUAUAAAGUGGAAAUUAGUAACGAAAUGAAAUUAUCAAUUGUGAAAUUGCUGCGUGCGAGAGCGAAGAGUAGGAGUGAGUGUGUUAUAUUUGUUAUUAUUACCAAUCUUAUUUUUACUUAUUUUUUACAUUUAAAAUAUUUAAAUAUUGCGAAAGUGGCGUGAAUUGAUGGAGACAUUUUUACACACAAAAAUAUUCAAUAUAUAGCCAGGAAAUUAAGUGAAAUGAACGAAGGAAUCGAUCGCGAACAAAAAAUAAAAGAAAGAAAGCUAAGAAAUUAUGAAUUCACGCGCGGGAGAGAAUAUCUAGAGGAAAAGUUUGUAAUUUAAGACGAUGUUUGAAAACGCAGCGAAAAUAAAUGAAGAAAACAAAACGAUUCAAAAACAAACACAAUUUGUAAAAAUAGGAAAAACAAAAAGUACUCUAGGCUAAACUGCAACUUUAAGUUAUUUAUAAUUAAAUAAAAUACGAUAUAAAAAUAAACAAAGAAGUUAAGGGAA